CGGAGUCCGCAGCCGGCCGCCCCUGCGGGCCGGACAGUGCGGCCGGUGGCCGGAACCGAGCGCCCCAGCCCGCGGAGAGGGCGCGGCGGCCGCGGCGGCGGCGGCGGCGGCGCGGGGUGGGGAGGAGCCCGGGCCGGAACCAGGGCUGGGCCGGGGGCGGGGACGCCGGGGUCCCGGAGCCUGGGAGCCGAAGCGAGCGGAGGAACGUCGCGGACGGACCGGGGAGGAGGACCGGAGCCCCGGGCGAGCCGAGCGACUCACAAAGUGCGAUGCCCCGGCGGGACUGAGGCGCGCGGCGGGCGGCGCGGCGCGGCGCGCGGGGAGGACGCCCGGGAGCGGCGCGGAGCGGAGCGGCCGCCCCGGCGGGCGGCGGCGGGCCCGGGCUGCGCCCCGAGCGCGCCCCAUGCCCCGCGCGGGCUGACGGGCCGGAGCCCGCACGGAGCGGCCGGGCGGGACAGGUCCCGCUAGAACGACAUGAUGGUGGAAUCCGCCUCAGAGACAAUCAGGUCUGCUCCAUCUGGUCAGAACGGCGUGGGCGGCCUCUCUGGGCAGACCGAUGGCGGGGCUGGGGCUGCGGGCACAGCUGCAGGCAGCACCGGCAGGGAUGGCGCAGGUAGGGACACGGCAGGCAGCACAGACAGCAAUGGAGAAAUGAGCCCCGCGGAGCUCCUGCACUUCCAGCAGCAACAGGCUCUCCAGGUGGCCCGCCAGUUCCUGCUACAGCAGGCCUCCAGUCUGAGCUCCCCCGGGAACAAUGACAGCAAACAGUCAGCCUCUGCCCUGCAGGUGCCCAUGUCAGUGGCCAUGAUGUCGCAGCAGAUGCUUACCCCCCAGCAGAUGCAGCAGAUCCUGUCACCCCCACAGCUGCAGGCCCUGCUCCAGCAGCAACAGGCCCUCAUGCUCCAGCAGCUGCAGGAAUAUUACAAGAAGCAGCAAGAGCAGCUCCACCUACAGCUCCUCACCCAGCAGCAGGCAGGAAAACAGCAGCCCAAAGAGGCGCUGGGGAACAAGCAGCUGGCCUUCCAGCAGCAGCUCCUCCAGAUACAACAGUUACAGCAGCAGCACUUGCUCAACCUGCAGAGACAGGGGCUGGUCAGCCUGCAGCCCAGCCAAGCGUCAGGGCCCCUCCAGACUCUCCCGCAAGCAGCCGUGUGCCCGACGGAUCUGCCCCAGCUGUGGAAGGGCGAGGGUGCCCCUGGACAGCCUGCUGAGGACAGCGUCAGGCAGGAGGGGCUGGACCUCGCCGGCACAGCUGCUACUGCUACCUCGUUUGCCAGCCCCCCCAAGGUCUCCCCACCCCUCUCCCACCACCCCCUGCCCAACGGACAACCUACUGUGCUCACAGCACGGAGAGACAGCUCCUCCCAUGAGGAGACCCCCGGCUCCCACCCCCUCUAUGGACAUGGAGAGUGCAAAUGGCCAGGCUGUGAGACCCUGUGCGAAGACCUGGGUCAGUUUAUCAAACACCUCAACACUGAGCAUGCGUUGGAUGACCGGAGCACGGCCCAGUGCCGUGUGCAGAUGCAGGUGGUCCAGCAGCUGGAGAUCCAGCUCGCCAAGGAGAGUGAGCGGCUACAGGCCAUGAUGGCGCACCUGCACAUGCGGCCCUCUGAGCCCAAGCCCUUCAGCCAGCCCCUGAACCCAGUCCCCGGCUCCUCCUCAUUCUCCAAGGUGACCGUCUCCGCAGACCCAUUCCCAGAUGGCCUGGUGCACCCCCCAACCUCGGCUGCUGCCCCCGUCACCCCCCUGCGGCCCCCUGGCCUGGGCUCUGCCUCCCUGCACAGCGGGGGCCCAGCCCGCAGGAGAAGCAGUGACAAGUUCUGCUCUCCCAUCUCCUCAGAGCUGGCCCAGAAUCAUGAGUUCUACAAGAACGCCGACGUCAGGCCCCCCUUCACCUACGCCUCCCUCAUCCGCCAGGCCAUUCUGGAAACUCCUGACAGGCAGCUGACCCUGAAUGAGAUCUAUAACUGGUUCACCAGGAUGUUCGCUUACUUCCGCAGAAACACCGCUACCUGGAAGAAUGCCGUGCGCCACAACCUCAGCCUGCACAAGUGCUUCGUCCGUGUGGAGAACGUCAAGGGUGCUGUGUGGACUGUGGAUGAACGCGAGUAUCAGAAGCGGAGACCGCCAAAGAUGACCGGGAGCCCCACCCUGGUGAAGAACAUGAUCUCCGGUCUCAGUUAUGGAGCACUUAAUGCCAGCUACCAGGCCGCCCUGGCAGAGAGCAGCUUCCCGCUUCUCAGCAGCCCUGGCAUGCUGAACCCGGGCUCCGCCAGCAGCCUCCUGCCCCUCAGCCAGGACGAUGGGGGCGCCCCUGGAGAGCCACUGCCCAGCAAUGGCAGCAGCAGCCCUCCUCGCCUUUCCCCUCCCCAGUACAGCCACCAGGUGCAGGUGAAGGAGGAGCCCGCAGAGGCAGGGGAGGAACGGCGACCUGGGCCCCCCUUGGUGCCCCCCACUCCUAGCAUCGUGGGACCCCCCGAAGACAGGGACCUGGAGGAGGAGCUGCCAGGAGAGGAGCUAUCCUAAGGGUCUGGAGGGGUGGGCAGGGCAGGGGAGGGGUGAGAUACCACGCGCCCCCCCUCCUCCAACUGC